AUGGCUGGUGCCGACGCCACCUGCAAUGACAAGUCGGCGGGCGUCAUGGAACGCCUCUUCCCGGCCGGGCUUCGUGCUCAGUACUGGGAUGGAGCUCUCGCCAUCUUCUUGCUGUUCAUGAUGCAGGUCGUCAUCUACACUCUGAGCUUUGUCUCAAUCUUCCUCCAGGGCUUCUCCGCCGCCAUCAUGGGAAUGAUGCUCCUGGCGGUCACGAUUGGGCUGGUGGACUGGGCCGUGCGUCGCUUUCGUGGCUCCGAGGCCGUCGACGGCUUUUACCACAAGCAUCUCAAAGGACCGACCGACUUGCUCAACAAGCACAUGUCUGUUGGCUUCACUGUGCCCUUUGUUCAGAUCUUUCGGAACAAGCCGGCCAGUGCUCUGGAGAUUGGCUUGAUCACUGCCAUGUUUGUUCUUAUGGGCGUGCUUGCUCCCGUACUAGUGUACUACUUGUCCUACGGCAUUCACACUUGCUCGCUACGCUUGGGUCUUGGAAGAAACAAGAGCAAGAAAACUAGGAAUUCCACUGGUCAACGCUCUACAGACAGACCUCGGUUGAGAAACGUGAAAAACAACAGCACUUCACUCUCCACAUCUCUGCUGCUGCCUUGUGCUGUAAAUCCAGUGGAGCAAAUCCCCAUGAAAAGGUUCUCUGAUCAGUCUACGCUCAUGGGAAGCUCGACGCUCACGGUGACUGGCAACAGUUCUGGAGGCCAAAGCCAGUCGACCUUGCUCAGUAACAAGUCAAAGAUAAGGCAGGAGCUCAGUUCCAUCAACAGCGACGCAAAGUCGUGCAAAGUCGUCGGCUGGAUCCUGCACAACAUCUGCCUCGUCAUCUGCAUCCUCUCGAUCCCCAUCUCAAUCGGGAUGGCCGCCAGCACCGGAAUAACAGUCUUUGCUGAUACGUCCGUCCUCCUCGGGAGCUGGAUGACGAUCCUGGCCCUGCAGGCGGCGGCGCGCAAGUCGGCGUGGCUCAAGACCAUGCCGCGCCGCCGCACCGCACUCGUCGUCGGCCUCAACCCGGUCCUCGUCACCGCGGGCGUCAUGAUCGCCUACGUCCAGGCCAAGCACGCCAUCCUGGGGUCCAGCGUGCUCGCCGUGCUCGACACCUUCCAGUCCGGCCUGACCUUUGCCGGCUUCCUCAUGGAACGGACGGUGCACGACGCCGUCUUCUCGCACAUGGCCGCAGACGUGCCCUUUGGCGUCCUUGCCUCGUCGCGCAGCCGCACGGGCGUCGCUGGCGACGCAUCAUCCGCGCCCUGCAUGGGUGCCGGAGACGUUGCCCUGACCAUCCUCGAGUCGGGCCUCGUGGCCUGGGGCCUCAAGCUGUUCGAGUACCGCCGCGCUCUCGUCUCCCAUGCCGGGCUCGUGGUCCUGGUCACUUGCACCAUCGCUGCCGCCUUGACCGUCGUGUCCGGCCCGCUGCUGGCUCACGCCGCUGGGCUCGCCGGGCCGCAGAGCAUCGCGUUCGCCAUCCGCAGCGUCACCCUCGCUCUGGGCACGCCUGUAAUGAUCAAGCUGGGCGGUGACGUCGGCGUCAACGCCGCCAUGGUGGUGUUCAACGGGAUCGUCUUCCAGAUGGCCAUGGGGCUGGGUCUUGUCAGCUGGAUCAUUGCAACGGUCGAGCGGUGCUGGACUUGGACCGUGGCGAGCAUUGCUAUCAUUACUCCUCGCGGCAAGGCGGCGGCGCAGCUUGAUCUUGAGCUUGGUAACGAGUCCUCGGAGCUCACACCUAGUCUGAACCGGUUUGCUCAGCGUCCGUCCGAGGGCACUCAGGCUGCUGAGAGUGGUGACAGCAACGUCUCGCCUCCUUCCCCUCCUCGGACGGCCUUUACUCGGCUUGAGCAAGACUGCCCUUAUCUAAUCGAGGGAAGCAACUGUCCGGAUGAGCAAUGCCAGUGCCCCCAGCAGCACAAGAGACAUCCAUCCACCGCAUCGUCCUCCUCCGCCAUGAUGCUGGAGACCACCGCCAAUCCUCACUCUGCUCAUCGGCCAGGUGCCAAGCGCCUGCCGUCAGCGUCGUCUGCUCGGCGGCCGACUUGCGCAGCACAGGCGUCUUCAUCAACCGUGGACACCAAGAACGGCGCAGCCGCCAAGGAGGGCCCAGAGGACGCCCGCACCGUCGCUAUGGGCGUCACGGUCGGUGUCAACGCCGCCGCCAUGGGCACGUCGUACCUCUACGAGCAGGGCAGCCGGGCAGCUCCCUACUCGGCGCUCGCCAUGACACUCUUUGGCGUCAUGUCGGUCAUCUUCACCUCCAUCACCCCGCUGACCGCGUGGCUGUUGACGCAAGUUGGUCUGGCUGCGGCGGCUAACCCGUAAAUACAAAAUAAAACAAAACACAUAAACUAAAGCAUUUCUUUAUUUUUUUUGUUUUUU